GAAAAUUACGCAAUUAUCUUGUGUAACCGGAGUGAAAGAGGAUUCUUGCAGUGUUGCACUCGACACAGACGCGGUCGGUUGCCUGCGGUUCGACCCACUUUCGAUAUUCAAAUUUAAUUGAACCAAAAGCGUGGCGAAUGAACUGAAAGUCUAAGUGUUCGAAAUUGAAGAAUAUUUAAAUGAAAGCGGAUUAAUUACAAAAGUGUGUGCUAUAAGUGAGAGUUUGUAUUAUGAAUUGUGAGAUUGACAUGUGAAUAAUGUCCGGUGGUGUUUGGGAUCUGAUGGACUUGAUGCCGACGAGGUGCAAGUGGAUUGAGAGGCUGCGACGCUGCGGGAAGACCCUGCUGAGACGGCAAAGACGCCUUCUGAGGAGAUUGAGAAAGGUGUACCUGCAGAGUUGGCGCUCUGACGAGCUGAUGAACAUGCUGCUCGGUGCCAAAGUGAGCGGGGCCACGCCCCUCGUGAUAGCUUGUCGCAAUGGCCAUUAUGAUGUAGCCGAAUAUCUCAUAGAAAGGUGCAAAGCCGAUAUUGAACAACCUGGUUCAGUAACAUUCGACGGUGAGACAAUCGAAGGCGCGCCGCCGUUAUGGUGUGCAGCGGCCGCCGGUCACCUGCCACUGGUCAGGUUGCUGGUUCGCGCCGGCGCGAACGUCAAUUCCACCACGAGGACUCACAGCACGCCGCUGCGGGCGGCCUGCUUCGAUGGACAUUUUGAUAUUGUUAAAUUUCUAGUCGAGAAUGGUGCAGAUAUAGAAAUAGCUAAUCGACACGGUCAUACGUGCCUCAUGAUAGCGUGUUACAAGGGCCACAUACGGAUCGCAAAAUACUUACUGUCAUUAAACGCAGAUGUUAAUAGAAAGAGCGUGAAAGGAAAUACGGCAUUACACGACUGCGCUGAAAGCGGUUCCCUUCAUAUAUUAAAGAUGCUUUUGGGUCACGGUGCUACAAUGGAUGUGGACUCUUAUGGCAUGACACCCCUCCUAGCCGCCUCAGUAACCGGCCACACGCAUAUAGUAGAACACCUGAUUAACAAUGAGAACGGUCUCGUGACAAGACAACAACGCAUUGACGCAUUGGAACUUCUAGGAGCCACUUAUGUUGACAAAAGACGAGAUAUGGUUGGAGCUUUAGCCUUGUGGAAAAGAGCGAUGGAUGACAGAUUUCCCACAGACGGAAGUGACCCCUUACCCAAACCAAAGGACAUUCCCCGCAUCGAGGCGUAUGACUACGCCGUGGAGCCAAGUAACGUGCAACAGCUGGAAGAAUUAUUGGCAGACCCUGACGCUAUGAGGAUGCAGGCCCUUGUUAUUAGAGAGAGGAUAUUAGGUCCAGUUCACCCCGACACAUCGUAUUACGUACGCUACCGCGGCGCGGUGUACGCGGACGCGGGUCGGUUCGCACGUUGCAGGCAACUUUGGCACCACGCGCUGGAUAUGCAGAGAGCGGUCUUGCCUCCACUAUCGCCCCUUACGCAAUCCAGUCUUUAUAGCUUUUCCGAAUUGUUCUCGUAUAUGCUGGCUGAAAGAGCACGUCCGCCAUUGAGAGGUCGAAUCGUACCACCAGUUACCUUUGAGGAUAUAGAACCAGUGUACACGAAAGCCUUAUUUGAGAUAGAGAGAGGGGUACAACUCCUUGAGGGAAAACUAAGUGAUGUUGAUAGAGAAGCUACACUGUGCACACUUCAGAGAGUUGUUAUCAUAGCAUUGCACCUGGCGGCUUUGAUGGCUCGGCUGUUAGAGGAACCGGAUAUCACUCCGGAUGUGGUCAGUCAGAUACAUCGAGCCGUUUACACACUCGUCAAGCUUGAUAUUAAGCAGGUGCGGCAAGGUCGUUCCGCCCUCCACGUGGUGUGUUCCGCAGAGGUGACCCGAGCGAGGGGCGGAGCGCCCUGGUUCGAGCACGGGCAGCCGGCGCCUUCACCUUCGCUCGUGUCGCUUAUGCUGCGUCUGGGGGCGGCGCCCGACGCGCGUGACGCGGACGGGAAUACGCCCUUGCACCUGGCUUGCAAGUUGGACCCUUGCCCUGCUGAAGUAGUACGGCAACUGCUUUCAUACGGCGCCCACAUCGACACGGUGAACUACGAAGGCGAGACGCCGGCGGAACUCCUCAAAGCCACCAACCAAAACCUGUCCACAAUCGUCAAUCCGCUCAAAUACACAACACUGAAAUGCCUCGCCGCUAGAACGGUAAAAAAUUACAAAUUACCAUACAGACAUGUUGUACCGCAGUGCCUGCAUUCGACUAUUAUCACUCAUUAGUUCAAGUUAAAGGGACUGUCGUCUCUUUCACACUUUGAAUUAAGAAUUGGAACGCAUGUUGUCUCCCUCUAUACACAAUGCAUUCGACCAUUAUCACACAUUAAUUUAAAUAAACAAGUGCGAGGGACUGUCGUCUCUUUUACACAGACAUGACGUAUGACUUUGAAUGCAGUCUUUAUUACCUGAAAGAGUUGACAAUUUUUCAUGUCUAUGGAUGCAUGGAAGCAUGCCUUUUUUUCAGUAGGGAAAGAUAUUAGAUUUGUUUCUAUAUAAAGCUUAUUAUUUUGAUCAUAACUAUACAAACUUUUACGGACUAUCAUCAACUUGGAUCAUGUUGAUAAAUUCGUUCUUUUCCAAUUUACCAAAAGUUAACUCAAGAUAUAUUUUGUUUAAUCUAUAUGGAGAAUUGCUGAAAGAAACAAAAAAGCUUCCAUGUUGAUGAGAAGAACAUAUAUUUCAUUUUUAUUUAAUUUCUAUACUUUAAACGCGCUUGCGCAUGAUAACUGUAAUCUGACAAAUUCCUAAUUAACUUUGACAUCUCUAAGUACCUAUGACUUAAAUUGCAUGUUGUCUCUUUCUCGCGACUUGGAAAGAGGAGGAUAAUCAUGAAUGCCAUUAAUACGUUUCUACUGCUUAUGUAUAAAGAUAUUAUUAAGAGUUUUUGUAACAUGUUUUAUUUCGCAUUUUAACAUGUGCCAGCUUCGCCAACGUCACGUUUAGGUAGACCUUUUUUUUAUCUUUUAUGUAUUCUAAGAUUUUCAAAAGCUUUUUGAGUGUAGCCAAAUCUAAUUAAUCAUGUUUUAUUUUAGAUUUUCUUUUUAACCCUGGCGUUUCGUUUACAUGGCAUACUAGUCUUUUUGAUAUCGUAGGAUAUAUUUGAUUUAGACAUUUUCUCAAUUAAAUCGCAUAUUUUGUUAGAGAACCUCUUUUACACCGUUAAUGAGAAAUUAUAGUUGUAAAUUAAAUUGUUUUGAUACGGUGUAACAGCGGUAACAAUGUAUAGAUAGUUUAAGUAGGUAGAUUAUUAGGAAUUUAAUUGAUAAAAUUAUAUGGUUAAUUAUACAAAGUAAAACUUAUUGAACUGAAUUGAUAUUAGAUUUAUUUUGGCAAAUGAUACAAAAAUGUGUGUAUUUUCUCGUAGCAUAUGAUAUUAGUGUCUGCGUGAUUAUGUACUAGAUUAUUUUGAAAUUAAUAAAAGUGCUUUAAAAUAUAAA